AUGUCGCACCGCUCGGCCCUGGCCCAGCUUCGGGCUCAGCGAGCCUCCGGAAAGUCGCGACUUGAAUCCUACCAGAUCGAAGAUCAGGGUGCCAUAUACGAUGAGGUCGAUGAGGAUGGGUACAAGAAGGUGGUGAGGAGUCGACUCGACAAAGACGACUUUGUUGUCGACGACAACGGCGAAGGCUAUGCCGACGAUGGACGCGAAGAAUGGCAGAAUGAGCGCCAGUCCUAUAGCAGCGAUGAGGAGGCUAUGCCCUUGAACGGCAAAGCCGCAAAACGAAAACGUGAAGAGGAUCGCGAAAAGGAAGAUCGCUCCAACCAUAAGAUCCUCAACUAUUUCAAUAAUGGCCCUGUUGCUGCUCCAAAACCCAAGAUACAAACCACGGCCGAGGACGAAGCGUUCAUGGCCGACCUCCUUGGAGAGGUCGAUGCCAAUAUCCUGCCUGCACGUGCUUAUACGAACAAACCUAUCAAGUCGGAUAACCGCCGCAAGGUUCGAGUACUAUCUCCUCCAUUGUCCCGCGAAAAGCCUCGACCGAAGUACCAGGCUCCGGCUACAGAACUUGUUGAUACUCCUCCUCCACAAGCCUCCAACGAUGAAGACGAAACUUUACCAACAUUCGACGAUGACAACCUCAUGAGCGAUCCCCUACCUUCGUCACCAGUCGUCAAGGCUAUCGAGCGCAAGACAAAAGUGCAGAUAAAAGAAGAGGACGAAGACGACGAUAUGAUGGACGUGGCUCAAGUCGUUGGAAACGAAGCUGCUCAAGCGAAAAGUGUCAAUAUGACAGGCAGCAGACCACCACCAAAGAUAAAAUCUCAACAACUUCCAACGCCUAUGAACUCGUCUCCGCCAUUACCCGCUGUUCAGGAAGUUGAUGCGUCCUCCUGGACCAAAAUCACCAGCCAGCUCAGCGUCCAGAGCAGUCCUGCUUCCGAGACUCACAUGUUUGGCAAGAUGAAGCCUCAAGAUGCUGUUGAAGAAGACGGCACUCUACGCAUGUUCUGGCUCGACUACACGGAAGUCAACGGCAGCCUCUGUCUCUUUGGAAAGGUCAAGGACAGAAAUACAGGCCAAUUCCGCAGUGCCUUUGUCAAGGUCGAUAACAUUCUCCGCAAGGUUUUCUUUCUGCCAAGGAAGUGCAGAUAUGUCAAUGGUCGCGAGACGGACGAGGAGAUCGAAAUGGACGAUGUCUAUGGUGAAGUCGACACAUUGAUGUCCCGAAUGAAAGUCACUACCAGAAAGGUCAAGCCGUGUACCCGAAAAUAUGCCUUCGAACUGCCCGACGUACCAAAGGAAGCAGAAUACCUCAAGUUGCUCUACCCAUACGACAAGAACGCCUUACCAAUAGACUUGCAAGGAGAGACAUUUUCCCGAGUCUUCGGCACAAACACUGCACUGUUCGAACAAUUCGUCCUGUGGAAGAACAUUAUGGGUCCGUGCUGGUUGAACAUUGAAGACGCCGACUUUUCUGCUGUCAACAAUGCGUCUUGGUGCAAGCUUGAAUGCAGUGUCACCAAACCCAACAACAUCAGUGUCUUGAGCAAUUCCGAAGCCAUGGAAGCUCCUCGCAUCACACUGAUGUCACUUGCGUUCCGGACUCAGCUCAACAUCAAGGAGAACAAACAGGAGAUUCUUGUUGCAAGCGCUCGAGUCUACGAGAAUGUCUCCCUGACAGACACCACCCCUCCUGAGAAGAUGCCCUCACACACGUUCACGGUAAUGCGACCCUCCGGCUCUGCUUAUCCAGUUGGCUUUGCCGAAGAAACCAAGAAACAGAAGGGCACCUUUAUGCUUGAAAAGACCGAGCAGUUUCUCCUAAGCAGAUUCCUUGCUUUGUUCGAGAGGGUCGACCCGGAUGUGCUCAUGGGCCACCAGCUUCAGGAGGUCGACUACAGCAUCCUCCUAAGCCGGUUGAAGGAGAAGAAAACCCCUGGCUGGCAUCGCAUUGGUAGGCUGAAGCGAAGUGAGUGGCCAAAAACAUUCGGCAGAGGUGGUUCGUUCUUCGCCGAACGACAGCUUCUGGCCGGCCGCCUUAUGUGCGAUCUUGCCAAUGACAUGGGCAAAUCUUUGAUGACCAGAUGCCAACAGUGGAGCUUGACCGAAAUGUGUGAGCUAUACCUGGGACCAGAAAAUCCUCGUCGCGAAAUUGACAACGAGGCGGCGUUGAAGACUUGGGCAACGACACGGGCCGGCCUCGUCGACUACGUGAACCACUGUCAUGCCGACACAUUCUUCAUUGCCGCUCUCGCUCUAAAGUUGCAGAUGCUGCCAUUGACGAAAGUCCUCACGGAGCUCGCCGGUAACUCGUGGGCUCGUACCUUGAGCGGCACACGAGCGGAGCGAAACGAGUACAUUUUACUGCACGAGUUCCAUCGCAACAAGUACAUCUGUCCGGACAAAGAGUUCGGCAAAGGUCGUGCCAAGCAAACACAUGAAAACGAGGAUGAGGAUGAGGGGGCUGACACCAAGAAGAAGGACAAAUACAAAGGUGGCUUGGUCUUCGAGCCCGAGAAGGGUCUUUACGACAAGUUCAUCCUCGUUAUGGACUUUAACAGUCUGUACCCCAGCAUUAUCCAGGAGUACAACAUCUGCUUCACAACCGUUGACCGAACAAGCACGGCCGAGAACGAGAAUGAAGAGAAAGUACCAGAGGUGCCCGUCGACCAAGCACAGGGUGUGUUGCCGAAGCUCAUUGCCAACCUUGUCAUGCGUCGCCGGGAAGUCAAGAAGUUGAUGAAGGACAAGCGAGCGACACCUGAGCAGCUGGCACUGUGGGACACCAAACAGCUUGCCCUGAAGCUUACAGCCAACUCCAUGUAUGGUUGUUUGGGUUACACCCAGUCACGCUUUUAUGCUCGACCUCUUGCCAUGCUCACUACCUUUAAAGGUAGAGAGAUUUUGCGAAGUACCAAAGAACUCGCCGAGAGCAAUCAGCUUCAGGUCAUCUACGGUGACACUGAUUCCGUCAUGAUCAACACCAAUGCAGACAAUAUCGCACAGGCGUUGAGCGUCGGGCUCGAAUUCAAACGGUCCGUCAAUGAAAGAUACAGACUGUUGGAAAUCGACAUCGACAACGUUUUCAGGCGCCUGCUGCUACAUGCGAAGAAGAAGUAUGCAGCUAUCAAUAUGGCUGAAGUGGACGGCAAAUACAUCGAAAAGCUUGAGGUCAAAGGUCUUGAUAUGAAGAGAAGGGAGUACUGCAAUCUGUCCAAAGAAGCGUCUCAGAAGCUCCUGAACGAGAUCCUGUCGGGCGAAGAUUCAGAGGUCGUCCUCGAAAAGAUUCAUGAGUAUCUCCGAGAAUUGGCAAGCAAGAUGAGAGAAAAUGCCAUCCCCGUUCAGAAAUAUGUCAUCUACACGAAACUCGGCAAAAACCCGACAGAGUACCCUAAUGCUGAUUCAAUGCCUCAAGUCCAAGUCGCGCUACGUGAAAUUAGUCGGGGCAAGAGUGUACGAGUCAACGAUGUCAUGUCUUAUAUCGUCACGAUGGGAGAUGAACAAACCAAGGCCUUGCCUGCGCCAAAGCGGUCCUACACACCUCAGGAUGUGCAGAAACCAGAUUCCGGCCUCGUCCCCGACGUCGAAUACUACCUGUACAAACAAAUCUUCCCGCCCAUUGAACGCUUGUGCGCACCCAUUCCCGGUACGGAUUCAGUCCGGCUGGCUGAGUGCUUGGGCCUGGAUGUGCGCAAGUACCAGAUCAACACUUCGAACGGCACAAGUCAGCAGAACACCGAGAUCUUCCCACUGGAGUCACAAAUCCCGGACACGAUUCGUUUCCAAGACGCUGCCAGGCUCAAUCUUCGAUGCAGAGCGUGCAAGGACGUUACUGUGUUUGAGGGUCUAUGCGACUCGACCGAGUCAUGCACGCCCGACGGCAUAUUGUGUUCCAACGUCGAAUGCAAGCAGACAUUCUCAAGUCUCUCCAUCGUCACGCAACUGGAGUCUCAAAUCCGAGCACAAACUUCUGCCUACUACGAGGGCUGGCUGGCCUGUGACGACCCAUCGUGCGGAAACCGGACGCGACAAAUGUCCGUCUACGGCCAUCGGUGCCUGGGUCCAAGCGGACGUGCGGAGGGGUGUCUUGGCCGCAUGUCGUAUGAGUACUCGGAGAAGAAGUUAUACAACCAGCUCUUGUACUUUGCUGCGCUGUUCGACGCUGAAAAGGCCAAGAACAAGGCAAAGACGGAGAAGGAAUAUGGACAGAAGAAGGAUCGAGUCGUGGUCCUUGCGGAGACGAACAAGGCUGCGUUUGAAGCCAUUAAAGCUGUCGUCGACGGAUAUCUGCGCAAAUGCGGACGACAAUGGGUUGAGAUGGACACCUUGUUCGGGUUCGCAUGGAAAUAG